UGAAAGGUAAGUCUAAUCAGAUUUUCUUUCACGCCAGUUCUCUGCACUCUUAAACUACAAAUACAUCAUGAUUAGUCAAGCCCUUCUGGUUAACAUUAACCAUGGCCAUGUAGAUGAGAUUUAAGAACGUACGUCCAGUGCUCACUUAUUUUUGUAAAUUUACUGUAUGGAGUACGCAACAAUCUGGUUAGUGUGACAAACCGCACCCCUGGAAAGGGGGAGGCGGAUGAUGGUGGCAAGGACACCAUAUAGUACGAGAGGGUCUGCGUGGUUCGACGUUGGCUCGUGUUAUCGUUUUAUCCCUAGCGCGUGCAAAAAAAUGGAUGAGCUAAAUUCUAAUUUACCUCAGUGUGGUGCUUCAGGGUUUUAAAAACAGUGAGCCUGUCCUGAAUAAGCUAGACCCACCUUCCUAUCCAUCCCCCCUCUCAGUAUAACCUAGCUUAUCUUUACCCCCCCCCUUUAUUCGUCCACACCCCCUGUGCAGAGGGUUAAAUUCGGCACCCUUUCUUGGAAUUUUGUUACAUGGCAGUUUUCAUCGAUAAGCGUGCCCAAAUGCCGUUAAUCAUUUUGCUUUCGCAAUGGUUUCCACAAAGUGCCAUUGAGUCGUUCAAUUACAGCUGCAAACAAAUAGAAGUGAAAUCAAAGGAUACGCCCCCUUAACCUUUUGAGCCUAGGAAUUGAAGUCCUUCGCGAUCUUGGUCGACUUAGCGGGUUUCAUUUUGAUUUCAAGUCUUCUGGGCAGAAUCGUUCUCUUCCGAAUUAGUUUUGGUGACCUUAUUUUCAGCUGCUAAAUUGCUGAGUUCUGGUCUCUCGAUUUCUUGCACUGCUUCUUUUGGAACGCAAUAGUCUCCUUUCAGGUUGUUACUUCCGCAUUUCCGCUGUGUCACGAGUUGAAGAUGUCGCUCUUGUUUAUCCCUUUUUUCUUUCUUUCUGGCCGAAGUCAGUGUUGGCGCUCACGCAAUUUAAGUGUGGUUAACAACUAAAAAAAAUGGUUUAUGUAUAAGUUAAAAGGAUAUUGGCAAAGUCGAAAGCAAAGAAUUUCCUGCCAGCAGGAUUACUGCGUGUCCAUUCUUUCCUAACGUGACACCAAUUGCACAAUGAGGCAGAUAUCAAGACACCUCAGGCUAGUCAUUUGGGGAAAAUUUUAUUCUGUUCUAUGUUACCAGUUCGGGAAAUAUCCAUAUCUGGAUAUAGGUAUCGUGCGUUGUGAUUGUUUGAGAUCAAAACCAAAACAAAGUAACUUUGGCCGAGAGCUACUGGCAGAAGAUGAGUAGAAGUGAAAAAAAUUAUUGAUUAAGGCCAGUUGUUAUGCGGCUAUCGGCCGAAACAAAAUUAAAAGUAAUACUAAAUCAACCUAACGAGUUGCUUACAUUACCGAUGAAUCAUUUCCCGCCGAAGACAAUGUUAGUACAAUGUUAGACUUGCCUAUCGACUCUACUGUACUCUCCUUGGUAGUAGGUAGUGUGGUAGAAGAAGAGGGGUGGGGAGGGGGUAGACUAUAUUUUGAAAGUAAACAUUUGAGAAGUUACAAUGUUGAAUACGUUAAAUGUUAUAUGAUCCGAUCAUUGCAAUAUGCACACCGCGUAAAAAACCGUUUAUCAUCAUUUAUUUCAGCAUUUAUUUCUUCUUUCUUACACAGGGCAUUAACCAAAUGAAUAUGAUUGCGAACAUUGUUGGUUUCAUCUUCAUAAGCACAGUGUUGUGCCAUGUACAGCCUAUAACAGGUCCAGUUAAUUUUUACUUAUUUUAGCCUUAUUUGAGUAAAAAUGCGCUUGGGAGGGCGGUGUAAAAAAAAGGUCUCAGUUCAAGGGCACUGUAUCUCGCCUGUGCGUCACGAUCUCUAUAAAAGCCUUGUAAAACAAAGCAGUGAUAUCAUUUAUAUAUUACAUUACAUCACUCUAACGAAAGAAUUAAAAGAUUUACACUUUUUUUACGCGAGAUCGAUUACAUUUACUCUCUGAUUUUUUUUUUUUUUUUUUUUUUUUUUUGGUACGUGGUAAUAAUGUUUUAUAUUUUUGCUUCUUUUAAAUGAAUAUGAAUAACAAAAUACACUGGUUUUGAAGAGGUCACUAUGAAAGUCACGGAGGAAACAACAACAAAAAACAAGCAAAAAAACAAAAAAACAAAGAAAAAUAGCCGGGUAGAAAAAAACUAUUGGCCAGGUAUCGGGAAGGCUAAAUUAUUGAUGGCUAGAUUAAAUUAAACUACUGGGUUGGGUUUCAUUGGGUCUGCUACAGGGGGAAGUGAUUAUCUCUCCACUCCGUGCGAAACUUAAGACCAACUCGAAAUUUCCAUCUGCUUAAAUCCAUCCUUGUCCAAAGUUCAGGCAUUUCUACAAAUUUUUAUUUUUAUAUGUUAUUAUUUUUUAUUACAAUUAUUUAGAUCAGGCGCCUAUUACCCAGUCUCCUGUUUAGAUGGAUAUCUGAGUGAGAGGCGGAAAUACCGUACAACAUGGCAAAAAAAAAAAUUAAGAGGAAAAAAAAAAGACAUAGAUGCAAAAUCUAUUCUUCUAUUUUCUAUUAACUGAAAUUUUCUGUUCGGAUACAGGGCGUUUUUGCGAUGCAAGGCCCAAUGGUGAUUACAGCGAUCCUGAUACUUGUUAUGGUUUCAUCGCAUGCUCCAACGGAAUUCCAUAUAAAAUGCCAUGUCCAGCAGGCCUAAUGUUUAAUGAAAAAGAAGAUAAAUGCGACUACCCAGGAAACGUGCGAUGUCGUAAGUAUUAAAGUCAAUCAUCAUCAUCAUCAUCAUCAUCAUCAUCAUCAUCAUCAUUAUCAUAUCAUCACUGAUAUUGAUGGUUCCUCUUAUGCGCACUUCUAGCUCCCAAACAUGGGCCUUACCCAUGCUCCAAAAGAAAUGCUUUUCAUCAACUAUAAACCUAUGGGAGCAUUUUUGCCUAGGAAAAAAAAGGGCAGUGGGGGAAAGAAGAUACCCUUGGUAAUGGCAUGAGGAACUAUAGGUAAUGUAGACAUGCAAGUGAGUAUCGUGACGAUUUUAAGAUAGACGGCUUCUUGAGUUCUGGCAUUAUUGUGACGAAAUCGUCCCAUGUACACCGUAAGUGAAUCAGAAUUCCAGAAUCCAGAAAAUGUUUGCUGUAAAAUCAGGAAUACUGGACUUUGGAAUACGGAAUUCUUGGUUUUCACAUGACGUCACCAAAAUUCAAACUAAGAAACUAUCGCUUCUUCUGAGUUUCUACUUUCAUGUGAUAUUAGAGCACCUCAAAACCUUCAUACAAACAAAUUUCGAACUAUUGCAUAGACCUGAUUCUUGGCAAGGCUUUUUGUAUAUUUAUCUUCUUUCAUUUCCCAGAUUCUAGACUUUCUGUAUUAGAAGGUUUCCAUUUUUAUUUCUGCUUUCCUCACGUGAGUGAAAACCGAGAAUACAGCUCAGCUGACAAUUCGAAUCCAAAAUCUAAGUUCCACUGACAAAGAAUCCAGAAUGCAGUACCUUGAUUCCGGAAUGCACAGCGUGAAAUCCAGAAUGCAAGACUGUCUUGGAAUUUUUUAUCACAUGGGGCGAACGAAAGCUCGGAUCUAACAAGAGGUCUAACAAUAAGUUUCUCUUGUAGCUUUGAGACAUUUUUGCGAUGGAAAAUCCAAUGGAGACUAUAAAGAUCCCAACAACUGUUAUGGAUUUAUCAGAUGCCACAACGGGAGGGCACACAAAAUGCCUUGCCCAUCAGGUUGGCGGUUCAACGUAUUGACGCACCAGUGUGACUACCCAUUUAAAGUUGCGUGUGGUAAGUCUACGCCACCCUUCUAGGGGAUACUCCCUAUGAUGGCCUUUACGGGGAGGCUCCGCCCGAAAGGGACAUCUUUUUCAGGCUUCAGGUUUAUGUAAGGGUAGGGAUUUUAUUAGUUGAAGUAUAGAGCAAUUUUCAAUUGAGUGUUGAAAGUAAUCCAAGAUUGAAUUGGUUUUGCUUUACUGUGCUGUUUGAUUGGUCUAGAAAACUUGCGCCACCCCCUCAGCCAAUCAGAUGUAAACUAAAACCAAUCGCUCCUUGGUCACUCGCGUUUUCCCGCGCUACAGGCCGGUUACACGCGUUUACUUCGAGUUGUCAUUGGCUCCCUCUGAUAAUUUCCUUUACUCUGAUUGGCCGUUGUGAUUACUUUGGUUUUGGUUUUCGACAGUCAAUUGAAAAGCGCUCUAAAAGGGUAUGGAAAUCUGUCAUUAAGUUUGUGAAGGGCCCAAAAGGGCUGGCAGAUGAAUUUUAUGGCUUUAUAAACUCGAGAAAACGUUCUGUUUUAGAUAUUGAGUCCUAUUUAAAAGACAGGGCAUUUACAGCAGCCUCUACGUAUAAACAUUUGUUCCCCCCAGGUACACCACUUUUAAAAUCAGUACAGCUUUCUCCGAUUCGUUAUUAUUGAUAUCCCUUUGGCGGGAUCAUUAAUAUUUCCCAUUGCUUAAAUCGAUCCCCUGACAAUAUGAUCCGCCUUACAAGACCGAUGACAGAAACUCCGACCGUAAGGUGCGUUAAAAAGAGUCUUACGGUUGGUCCACAUUAGGAGAUCUGUAAUGGUCAGAAAAAGGGUACAAGAGAGAUGAGCUGCCUGGCGCAUUUGAAGAAAAUCACAAGAACAAUUUUCACUAGAUUAUCACGUGAUGUACAUGGGCAACUAGCAUGUGGCAAAUGAAAGGUGACAUCCAAGACCCUCUUAGCCAAUGUCUUUGUCUUAGUAUACUUCUAAAAAUCUACCAUUCUGAGCCCUCCUAACUUAGGACAGGGAAAAAUAUUUACGUUUAUAAUUUGGAACGUAUUGAAAGUACGUUGUUGUUGUUGUUGUUGUUUUUUUUUUUUGUAUUAAUUUGGGUAGCACGAGCUGGGGCCAUUGUAUAGCUUGCUAUUAAGACAGUUAUAUAUCACGCCGGUUCCUCAAAAAUGUCGUGAGAACUUUUUCCAUCAACUUUAAGUUAAUAAACAUAAUUCAUUCUUGGCAUACCUUGCCUUCUUGAACUAACUGAGACAUGUAUUAUGCUCCUCCUUUUAGAUAAUUUCUGUGAUGGAAAACCUAAUGGUGACUACAGAGACCCCGAUACCUGCCAUGGUUUUAUCUCAUGUUCAAAUGGGAUUCCAUACAAAAUGCCUUGUCCAGCUCAGCUGUGCUUUAAUGAAAGAAAGGAUCAAUGUGACUACUGUAAAAACGUGCCAUGUGGUAAACCUUAAUGUUUAUUCACCUUUAUCUCGGUCAGCGGUUCAAAAUUGGGGACUGUGGACUACAGCCUCUCCUGAGAACAAAAACAUUCGCAGAAUAGUUCAGUUCAGUUUAGUUUUUCAUUUACACUUUAAUAUUUAUCAUAUUCUGACAUUGCAUAUAGUAACGUAGGAAUAAAAUAACGAACAGGAGAAGAAAGGAAAAGGAAGAAAUUGAUGGCUUUGAUAGAAGUGUACGGCGGUCAGAUGAGCUUAGCUUUCGAGCUUACCACCGCUGAAUGAAAACGUGUGCGCCAGUUGUCAUGGCAGCUUUCAGCGACGAUCAUGUGAAACAGCCAUUUUGCAUUGUCACCUUUGUGAGUUAGAGUAGGGAUACAUGAUGCAGAAUUAAUACUUGCAUGUCUUAUAUUGUGCUAACAAAACUGACAUAUACUGAAACCUUGACCCACUAGUCUAGCUGUUUUAUCUUAACCAUUCAUAAUUGCUUUUUUUGAACAUUCAAAUUGUCUAUCACUUUAGCCAGCAUUGUACAUAAUUCCCUGUGUACCUCCAUAUAGAUCCAGUUGACGGUGGCUGGUCUCCCUGGAGCCCUUGGUAUCCCUGUUCUGUUUCAUGUGGGGGAGGCAUCCAAAUCAGGGUCCGCACUUGCACCAACCCCCCUCCGUCUUACGGUGGAAAGCCUUGCUGUGGCCCGAGCGUGGAGUCGAGAGCUUGCAACCAACAACAUUGCCCCUGUAAGUAUUGAACAGUAGCAAUUGUGCAGGUAAAUUUAUCUUUAUAACCUCCUUUUGAUAUUUCUGUGACAAGACAUGGGUCCUAAUGUUUUAACGUUCAGCGUUGGCUAAUGAAUAUCAGUUUAAUGACUUAGAUAAGAGACAAGGCUAUAGGUUCUGCUUUCAGCUCCCUAUAUGUACUCUGAACUUAACUGUACCAUUGUAACCAAAAAAAAUAAUAAUAAGGCAUUCUAUAUUACAAUGGUACUCAUUUUGGAAAUCGGCCAUUAAGCGUGCAGUUCGUGCAACUGACGUAAUGGGAGAACAAAGGAUAAUUCGAACUUGAAGUCCACACGAACCUCUGCCCAAACGACAAUUUGAGAGUAUUAAGGUAUUUUUUCAAAGUGACCCAUAAUUAUGUGAUUUUCCUAUCUGCGUUUCCUUUCAGUCACUUGCCGAGGAAAACCAAAUGGAGAUUACAAGGAUCCUAACAACUGCUAUGGGUUCAUAAGCUGCAGUAAUGGUAUAGCGUAUUAUAUGCAAUGUCCAGCUGGCCUUAGAUUCAAUGCAGCCUUGGAUAAGUGUGAUUGGCCCAAAAACGUGAAGUGUUAA